AAAGUCACGACAUUUAAAAAGAUUAGUUCAAGAAAGAUAUACAUUUAUUUGAAAAAUAUUCAUUUUGGAUAGUGAAAAAAUUGUUAAAAAUUUGAAAAAGGAAAUAUCUUAUCUCAUUGGGGAAAAUAUAAAUACAGCUUUUCUUUACUUUUUGCAAUCAGUUCACUUUGAGCUUUGUUGACAGAAAGUUGACAUUUGAUUUAAAGAAACUAAAAAACCUUAACUUAAAAAAUGAAAGCAGUGAAAAUUUAUUUUCUAUGCUACUUAUUAAAAGUAGUUGUCGCUGUACCCGACUUUGGAAACCUUCCAUCAUUUGAUGAACUGUUGAGAAAAUCAAUAAUUGACGAUCAAGACAUUUGUUCUAACGUUACAUCAUAUGCUUGCAUUUCACGAGGAAGAAAUGGUGCCAUCUCAAAAAAAAAUUAUUUAAAUAUAGCACAAUCAUUUAUUCAAAGAACUGCAUUGGGCAUUUUGAAAUUAGAAUCAGACAAUACUCUUGAAAGGGAAUCAACUUGGUUUAAUGCGUGCAUGGGAAAAGGUACUUCCGCUGAAAACAGUUUGGAUACUUUGAAGACAACAAUGGAACAAACUAAAGGCAUUCAACAUCCAGAAGAUAGUGAAGAUUUAGAGCCAUGGGAAAAUGUUGCUGCAUUCUAUGCCAAAACUUUUGGAUUUAGUCCAUUUUUUGAAGUAUUACUUUAUGACGUUAAUUCAUUAAUGAUUACAAGGCCAUACUCAAUGAAAAUUAAAAGUUACUCUGAGAACGCAUUACAUUUAGUAGUAGAGGAAUUUCUUCACAAAUUUACAAACCAAAUGUUUCCAGAGUUACUUAAAAAUAAAAUAAAAGACCAAUUGAAUGCAUCAGCUACUACAUUUUUAAGCUGUUUAAAUAUUGAUUCUUCAACAAAUGAAGUAAUGAGUUUUGAAAAAUUUUCGAAAAAUUUCGAUAUUAAUGCAAGUUCAUUAGGAAAUAAUUUCGAUUGGUUUGGACACUUUGAAGAUAUUGGAUUGAAAGUAAAUGCUCAUGAUGUCUUUUAUUUUGAUACAGAUUAUUUUGAAGAAUUAGUAUCACUUUUAGUUACACUCAGUAACGGUGAAAUCGCAAAUUUAAUUCACUUUCUGUAUGCAAUGAAUUCGAGAGUUUACUCUACUUGGCACAAUGAGAAACAUGCAUCAACAAACAAAUAUACUGAAGGAGAAUGCUUUACACAUAUGCCAGUUAAAUCAAGAAUUAACGACAGAAUUCUCAAGGGCCAUCAUUUAAGUGGAAAAUUUUUACUUCUUGAAAAUAUAGUGAAAAAUAUAGUUAGAGAAUAUGAGAAGGAAGUAGACAACAGUUGGUUGGACGACAACAGAAAAGAAUUGUUCUUGCAUCCACUAAGACGUUUAGAAAUAGAGAUAACUAAUGAAAAAACAAAACCACAGGAUGAAACUAAUUUUGAUUUUCCUGUUGAAAUGAAUGGUUUGUUAAAUAUUAUAAAUUUCGAAAAAGCUCAUAUCCAAUUUUUAGUCAGAGCUCUGAGACGAUAUCAUAUAAAAAUACCAAGAAAUAUGAAAUAUGGAAAAUCUUUAGUUCCUUACGUCAAUUAUAACGAUGAGAAUAAACAUCUGGAAAUUCCGUUGGAAGAACUGAUCUUACCAUUAUUCGAUAGUGAAUUGACAAUAGCUUGGAAUUAUGCAUAUUUUGGAGUUGCGAUCAGCAGAGAAUUAUUCAAGUUAUACCAGAAAUUGUAUUCUGCUAUACCUAAACACUCAGAACCUUUCAACUCCAAAAUGAAUUGCUUUAAAGUGUUACAAUAUUCAGUGAAAGAAAAUGUUAAUUUUUAUGAUCUAAUUAAUUCUUGUGUUGGAUUGAAAAUAGCUUAUAAAGCAUUUAAACAUGAAAUCAAUGCGAUUGAAGAUAAUCCUCAGAAAAUCUUUGGAUUGCAAUAUACAACUCCAAAACAACAAUUCUUCCUCGCUUAUUCUGCUAUUUAUUGUGAAGAGACAAAUCCUGAGAUAGUUGGUAUAAGCGUUUCUAAUUUAGAAAGCUUUGCAAGGGCAUUUUAUUGCGAAGCUGAUAGUCCAAUGAAUCCAUCGGGAAGAUGUGAUUUUUGGGCUAAACCGGAAUGAAACUAAAUCAUCAAAUUUCGUCAAUGUAAAAUUAUUGUCCUACAAUUAAUUUCACAUAUGUUAAAUUUUUUUUCUAAUCUCUUUUAUUGGGAAUUAAGCGGUAUAAGGGAAUUAUUUAAGAUUUGGUUUUAUCUAAUACGUCAAAUACGUAUAGAUAAAAUAUAAAUAUAAUAAAUAUACGGUGGUGGAUUUAGAAUUAAUUUAACGGCACUAAAAAUGGGCCUCAUAUCAAUUAUACGAAUUACGCGGCAAAUAUUCUUAUUUUCAAUUUUUUAUAUAAAUUGAUAAAGAGUGAAAAGAAAUUCGCUUCUUAUACAGAAUUUGUAGAGUCGACAUAAUUGAAAAUUUAUUUGAAAUAAAUGUUAUAAAAACA